CUAGGCUCUGGCAGCCGGAAGUCCCGCCUGCCGAGUAGUCUUUGCUGCCGCCGCCACCGCCUCCGUUGUUGUUGUGGUCGCUUCACCGAAGUCUGCGGCUCAAAGAGCCGGCAACGUCGCCUCCCGCCGCCAUGAAGUGGAUGUUUAAGGAGGACCACUCGCUGGAACACAGAUGCGUGGAAUCCGCGAAGAUCAGAGCGAAGUACCCCGACCGGGUUCCGGUGAUUGUGGAAAAGGUCUCAGGCUCUCAGAUUGUUGACAUUGACAAAAGGAAGUACUUGGUUCCUUCUGACAUCACUGUGGCUCAGUUCAUGUGGAUCAUCAGGAAAAGGAUCCAGCUUCCUUCUGAGAAGGCCAUCUUCCUGUUUGUGGACAAGACGGUCCCACAGUCCAGCCUAACUAUGGGACAGCUUUACGAGAAGGAAAAAGAUGAAGAUGGAUUCUUGUAUGUGGCCUACAGCGGAGAGAACACUUUUGGCUUCUGAGGGCCUGUGCUGGGCUAGGUGCCCCGUUCCUGCUUGUGUACCUUGUAAAUAACCGGCCAUUUUCAGUUAUUCUACCAGAGCCUCCA